ACGCCGUCCUCGACGCUCUCGCCGACGCCACGCUCAAAAAUCGCCCAACAUGGCGCCCUUUACAAAGCCCGAGACGGUUCUUAAACAAGCCGAGGGACUCGUCUCCGUCGGACAGAACCAUGCUGCACUCCAAUCCCUCACCGAAAUGUUCUCAUCCAAGCGAUUCCGCUCUACUCCUCUGGCCUCCUUGGAACCCAUAAUGCUCCGAUUCAUCGAACUCUGUGUUGAACUGCGAAAGGGCCGGACUGCGAAGGAGGGUCUCAUGCAAUACAAGAACAUCGCCCAAAACUCCAGCGUGGCGUCGAUCGAAGUGGUCGUGAACCGCUUCAUUCAGCUCUCCGAUGCGAAGGUGCAGGAGGCACAGGAAAAGGCAGACAAGGCAGUUGCUCUCGACGUAGACGAUCUCGAGGCCAGCGAAACCCCGGAGAGCAUUCUCCUCGGCGCCGUCAGUGGAGAUCAGACCAAGGACAGAACCGACAGGGCCCUCGUCACUCCUUGGCUCAAGUUCCUGUGGGAGAGCUACCGGACUGCUCUGGAGACGCUGAAAAACAACGCGAGGCUCGAGGCCAUCUACCAGCAAAUCGCCCAGCAAGCCUUCAAGUUCUGCUUGAAGCACCAGCGGAAGGUCGAGUUCCGCCGUCUGUGCGAGACCCUCCGUUUGCACCUCUCUAAUGUAGCCAAGUACGCACACCAGCCACAUUCCAUCAACCUGUCGGACCCCGAUACCCUUCAGCACCACCUCGACACCCGCUUCGCACAACUGAAUACCUCCGUCGAGCUCGAGCUCUGGCAGGAAGCAUUCCGCUCGGUCGAGGAUGUUCAUAACCUCCUCACCAUGGCGAAGAAAGCUCCUCGUCCGGCGAUGAUGGCUAAUUACUACGAGAAGCUGACGAAGAUUUUCCUAAUGAGUGGCAAUGCGCUCUACCACGCUGCGGCUUGGGGUCGUUACUAUGCUGUCGUGACGGCAAUGGGCGGCAAGUCUGAGGAAGAGCUCAGCCGGUUAGCCGGACAGGUCCUCGUCAGCGCCCUCGCUGUUCCCGUUGGAAUCCAAGGGGAAGAAGGCGCUGAGGAGACCAAGGGAAAGAAUGCUCGCCUGAGCGCCUUGCUCGGUCUUACUCGGACGCCCACUCGUACCAGCCUGCUGCGUGAAGCUUUGUCGCGUAACGCGCUCAAGCUCUCUCCCACUACGGUCAAGUCGCUGUACAAUGUCCUGGAGGUGACCUUCGAUCCUCUCACGCUCUCCUCCUCCGUCACCCCGCUCCUCAAGUCUCUUGCGUCCGAUACCGUUUACGCUCACUAUGUCCCUCUCCUUCAACAUGCUGUGCUGUCGCGUCUUCUUUCUCAGCUCUCUCAAGUGUACAGCACCAUCAAGAUUAGCAAUUUGCUCGAGCUCGUUGUUCCCUUGCGGGACAUCGCUGCCGAGGGCACUUACGACGACGAGCAGAUCGAGGCAUACGUGAUGCGCUGUGCGCGUCGUGGCGAAUUAAACAUCCGUGUCGAUCAUGCCGACGGCAGCAUCACAUUCGUGGACAGCGCCUUCGCGGCGGUCGAGGACCCGAGUUCGUCAACUUCUGCUGCAGCCCUGGGUGCCGUGCAGCCCUCAACUUCCGAGUUUGUUCGUACUCGUCUCGGCACCAUUGCUGCCACGCUCCACAAUUCUCUUGCCGCGAUUGAGCCUUCCAUUCAGCCAACCGAGGAGCAGCAGCAGGCAAAGUUCGCGGCUCUCGUUGCAGCCGCCGAGGCGGAGCGCAAAGCCCUACAGAUCCGCCGUGCGCUCGUGGCCCGCCGUCGCGAGCUCCUCUCCGAGUUGUCGGUGCGGAAGGAGAAGGAGCAGGCGAGCCGGCGUGCGGAGAUCAUGCGCAAGCAACAGGAGGAGGAGGCGCGCAAGGCGGCGCAGGAGCUGCGGAACAAGGAGGUCGAGCGGGCGCGACGCGAGAUCGAGAGCAUCCGUGUCGAGGAGGCGAAGAAGCUUGCGCAGAGCCUGAAGGAGAAGGGGACGCUCAAGGUGGACAUCAACGAAUUGGAGAGCCUCAACACGGACAACCUCAUGCGUCUCCAGGUUGAGCAGCUCGAGAAGGAGAAGAAGGAGCUUAACGAGAAGAUGCGCGUGAUGUCGAAGCGCCUAGACCACAUCGAGCGCGCCUACCGCAAGGAGGAGCGGCCUCUGCUUGCGAAGGACUACGAGAUUCAGCAGGCGAACGAUCGUGCGGUGUUCGAGGCUUCGCAGAAGGCCCGGCUGGAGGCCCACCGGCAGGCGCACUUGCAAGACGUGGAAACGAAGAAGCGGCUGACGCGUAUGCUGAGCGACUACGAGCAGAUGAAGGAGACCAUCGCUGCCCGCCGCGGGGAGGAGUUCGCGAAGAAGAAGGAGCUUGCGCAAAAGAAGAUGGAAGAGGAGAAGACGAAGCGCCGCGCGGCAGUGUUGAAGGCACGCGAGGAAGAGCGCCAGCGCCUCGAAGAGGAGGAGAGGAUACGUCGGGAACAGGAGGAGGAGGAAAGGCGCUUGGAAGAAGAGCGUCGUGCCGAGGAAGAGCGCAUCGCAGCGGAGGAAGAAGCAGCCCGCGUGGCCGCAGAGCAGAAGAAGCGGGAGGAAGAGGAGCGUACCGUCGCUCUGCGCAAGCAGCGGGAGGAGGAGCGUCAGCAGGCUCUGGAGGCCGCCCGCCGACAGCAGCAGCGCGAGGAGGAGGCGUUGCGGAGGCAGGCGGAGCGCAAGGCCGCGCAAAGUGCUCAGGCCCCAGCCCCUCGCGCCCCCCCUGCUCGCGAGGAGCCGUCAGUCUGGCGUCGCCCUGGUGUACCGUCUGCUCGCGCUGGCGUCGAAAUUCCGCCCAGGUCCGAGAGUCCAGCCCCUGCCGCAGGCAAGUACCGUCCCGGCGCCCUCGGUGGUGCUGGAGGAGGGUGGCGAGCGCGUGAUGCGGCUAAGCAACAGGGCGGUGCUGGGGAUGCUACCCCCGUCAGGUCUGCGUCUCCCGCCCCACCGUCCCCUGCAUCUACCCGGGAGGAGGCACCCAAGGAGGGCGACGGCUUCCAGACCGUGGAGAAGAAAGUGUGGCGGAGCUCGCGUCUCCAGGCUCGCAAGGCCGCAUAAGCGGACGCUGUGUCACGCCAACUUGUAUGGUUAUCGUCCAUGCUCUACGCUCGCUGCAUCGUAAGUUGUGUGUGUCGUGUCCCACUUUCCAUUUCUCGAACCUGUUUUCUUCUCACCACCCUAUGCCAAUGUCAUGUCCCACCCCGUUUGCUUGCGAUGAUGUACCAUGUUUACACAUGACGCAUACGGCUUAUGAAUGCAUUCACGAGUUCCGAUCACAACACGGACGCGAUGCACUGAUGGUCUUUGCUGUAUCAGUAGUGGUAUAGCCAGAGUUCUUAUGACACGUAGCUUUCAAUUCGG